GGAAGAAAACAAAAAAGGAAGUGCUUGAACCCGGCUGGCUGGGAGUAUUAUGCAGUCUGUCUGAGGACGCCUUCUUGUGGGUUUCCACCCACCCUCCUACAACGCCACUGCUCGGCGUUGCCACGGCCACUUUUCUCCUCCACUGCUGUGGGCAUCGGAUAGACGGGCGGCAAUCAAAUCGGAGAAAAUCUCUCUCUCUCUCUCUCUCUCUCUCUCACACACACACACACACACACACACUCUCUCUCUCGCACACACUCCCUCCCUGUGGCAUCAGCUGGGCAUUCCUGAGCUCACCAUGGUCGCGCUCUAUCUGUUAUUCUUCGCCGGUCGCCUUGUAGCGCCGGGGUACGCCUUCAACCUGGACGCGGAUAGCCCGACUGUAUACGCGGGCUCCGACGGCAGUUACUUCGGCUUCGCGGUGGAUUUCUUCGCCCCCGACCGUUCUUCGAUGUUUCUCCUUGUGGGUGCUCCAAAGGCCAACACUACUCAGCCUGAAAUUGUAGAAGGAGGCCAGGUGCUGAAGUGUAACUGGAAUUCCAAUCAAAACUGUCAGCCAAUCAUAUUUGAUGCUAGAGGCAACAGAGAAUUUGCUCCAGAUGAUCUUUUGGAAUUCAAAUCACAUCAGUGGUUUGGGGCAUCUGUGAGAUCUAAAGAAAAUAAAAUUUUGGCAUGUGCUCCUUUAUAUCACUGGAGAACUGAGCAGAAAGCACAGAGGGAACCUGUGGGAACUUGUUAUCUUCACGAUGGGUCUAAAGCUGUUGAAUAUGCUCCUUGCAGGUCAACAAGCACUGAUGCUGAAGGACAGGGCUUUUGUCAAGGUGGAUUCAGCAUUGAUUUUACCCAGAAAGACAGAGUUCUACUUGGAGGACCUGGAAGUUUUUAUUGGCAAGGCCAGCUAAUCUCUGAUCAAGUGGCUGAGAUUGUGUCAAAAUACAGCGCUAAAGUCUACACAACUAAAUACAGUCACCAGUUAGCAACACGGUCAGCUAGUGCUACUUUCGAUGACAGCUAUUUGGGUUAUUCAGUUGCUGUAGGGGAUUUCAAUGGUGAUGGCAUAGAAGAUUUUGUGUCGGGUGUCCCAAGAGCAGCAAAAACUUUGGGCAUGGUAUCUAUUUACAAUGGGGAAACGAUGGCAUCCAUGUAUAACUUCACUGGAGAACAGAUAGCUGCUUAUUUUGGAUAUUCUGUAGCUGCCACAGAUAUCAAUGGAGAUCACUAUACAGAUUUGCUUGUAGGUGCCCCACUCUUUAUGGAUCGUGGCUCAGAUGGCAAGCUCCUGGAAGUGGGCCAGGUAUCUCUUUACCUUCAACAACCCUCUGGAGGGUUUCAAAGUUCAGCCAUUAAAUUGAAUGGCUUUGAAAUCUUUGCAAGAUUCAGCAGUUCAAUUGCCCCUUUGGGAGACCUUGAUCAGGAUGGCUUCAAUGACAUAGCAGUUGCAGCACCUUAUGGUGGAGAAAACAAGAAAGGACUGGUUUAUAUCUACAAUGGCAGAGCCACAGGAUUGAAUGGAAUGCCAUCUCAGAUCCUUGAAGGACAAUGGGCCUCUGAAGCAAUGCCACCAAGUUUUGGAUAUGCCCUGAAAGGAGCUAUUGAUGUAGACAAAAAUGGCUACCCAGACUUGAUUAUAGGAGCUUUUGGUGUUGACCGAGUUGCGUUAUACAGGGCCCGGCCAGUCAUUACUGUGAAUGCUGGAUUAGAAGUUACGCCAACAAUUUUAAAUCCAGAGAACAAAAUCUGUGAAGAAAAUGGUCAAAAGGUUUCUUGUUUUAGAGUGAAGUUCUGCUUAAAAGCUGAUGGCAAAGGGAAUCUCCCCGCAGAACUCACUUUCCACGUGGAGCUCCUGUUGGACAAACUUAAACAAAAAGGUGCCAUAAGGCGAGCUCUGUUUCUCCACAACAGACAACCAGGUCACUCAAAGAACAUGACAGUCUCCAAAGGAGGUCGAAAGAGUUGUGAAGAACUUGAUGCUUUUUUAAGGGAUGAAUCUGAAUUUCGAGAUAAGCUUACUCCAAUUACUAUAUUCAUGGAAUAUCAACUGGAUUACAAAACUGCUUUGGAUUCUACUGGUUUACAGCCCAUCCUCAACCAGUUCACUCCUGCUAAUAUAAGCAGACAGGCUCAUAUUCUUUUGGAUUGUGGGGAAGAUAAUAUCUGCCGUCCAGAUUUAAAAGUGACUGUUGACAGUGAUCAGAAGCAAAUCUACAUUGGAGAUGACAAUCCAUUAACCCUAAUUGUCAACACUCAGAAUUUAGGCGAGGGAGCCUAUGAAGCUGAACUCUUUGUAACCAUCCCACCACAAGCAGACUUCAUUGGUAUAGUUCGUAACAAUGAGGCUCUGGCAAGACUUUCAUGUGCAUUUAAGACCGAGAAUCAAACUCGGGUGGUUGUCUGUGACCUUGGAAAUCCUAUGAAAGCAGGAACAAAGCUCUCAGCUGGUCUUGAUUUUAGUGUUCAUCAACAAUCUGAAAUGGAUACCUCUGUCAAGUUUGAUCUACAGAUCCGUAGCUCCAAUUUGUUCAACAAUCUAAGCCCAGUGAGCUCGUAUCAAGUGGACCUGGCCAUUUCAGCUGCUGUAGAAAUCAGAGGGGUUUCUUCUCCUGAUCAUAUUUUCCUCCCAAUUCCCAACUGGCAACCAAAAGAAAAUCCAGAAACAGAGGAUGACAUAGGGCCUUUAGUUCAACACAUCUAUGAGCUCAGAAACAACGGUCCAAGUACCUUCAGCAAGCUGAUGCUCAAUCUUCAGUGGCCAUAUAAAUACAACAACAAUACCCUUUUAUAUAUUAUCAAAUAUGAAAUUGAAGGACCCAUGAACUGUACAUCUGAUAUGGAGAUUAACCCACUAAAAAUUAAGGUAUCAACUUCGCAGCAAGAUGAAAGGAAUGAAACACUUACUGGAGAAGAUAUCCGCAAUCAUCAAAUCCACCGGAGAGAUCUAAGUGUUCCAGAGGAAGAUGUACAAACUUUGGGUUGUGGAAAUGCAGAUUGUUUAAAAAUAUUUUGCCAAGUUGGUCGCCUAGAGAGGGGAAAAACUGCAAUUCUCUAUUUGAAAUCUCGCCUUUGGGCUCAGACUUUCAUGAGUAAAGAAAACCAAAACCACUCCUAUUCUCUCAAGUCAUCAGCUUCUUUCAAUGUCAUUGAAUUCCCCUACAAGAAUCUUUCUUUUCCUGAAGAUGUCCACAAUUCUACAAUAGUUACCACAAACAUCUUGUGGGGUAUUCAGCCAGCACCAAUAACAGUGCAAGCAUGGGUAAUCAUACUGGCUGUCUUAGCAGGAUUAUUACUUUUGGCCCUUCUAGUUUUUAUAAUGCACAAGGUGGGUUUCUUCAAACGUGUGCGGCCACCUCAGGAAGAACAAGAAAGAGAACAGCUGCAACCUCAUGAAAAUGGAGAAGGGACCUCAGAAGCUUAAGCAGUAUUUUCACUGUGCCUUUUACCAAAACAUUUAGAAUGAUUGACAACUUCUUUUAGAAAUAUGCAUUUUGAUCCUUGAGGACUGCAUAGCAAAUGCCUUUUUUGCUAUUGGCAAAAUUAACUGGGAACUGAAAGUGACAUGUUUGUUUCCCUCAUAUUAAUCACGUUCACAUUUGUGACUAAUACAGGUGCACUGACUAAUGUAUUUUAGUGUCACAAUUUUGCUUACUAUGUCCAAAAGGCAAAGUGAAGAGAUAGGGGGUUGUUUUGUUUUUAUUUUAUUUUUUAUUGGUACAACUUGAGCUCCUCCACUACUCGCAAACUUGUAACAACUACAUCUAUCUAGAGAACAUGAACAUAAACUGAAGCCCUGCUCUUGAACUUCUUAACUGGACUUUCCCAAGGUACUCACCAGUUUCUGAAGAUUUUUUUCACCUUUUCUAAGCUGGAGAUAUGAACAGCACGAAACAUUAAGUGAAAUACUGACAGAUCUACUUCAAUUGACUAUUUAGGGAUAACUUCUGUAAAGAAGAGGAGCUCACUGUCGCCAUGAUGUGGUUAAGGACUUGCUGUCCAUUUUAUGGAAACUUUCAUCUGGAAAGAUGUACUUUGGUUGUAUGGAAGAUCAUAGAUCCCAUUUACCAGAUCCCAUAUAUCCAGUUUUAUGUAGCAUCAUGAAAUUGAUUCAUGCAAUCAUUUUCUGAUACCCUUUUUAAUUUUCUGUGUUUUUUUUACAUUAAAAAAAAAUCAAAAUCUG